AUGGAAUUGUUGGAUUCAUUGAUUACACGGAGCUUAUCAUUGGAAGAUAAUAUCACAUUGUGCGAGGCCCCUUUUCGUGAGGAAGUGAAAACUGCAAUGAGAAGCAUUCCACAGGAUAGUAGCCCUGGGCCUGAUGGUUUCUCAUCAACUUUUUACAUGAGCUGUUGGGAUAUCGUUGGAGAAGAUGUUCGGGAGGCAACGGUGGAUUUCUUUAGUGGUUCUAUGCUCCCUAAUUUUUACACAUCGACUUAUAUUGUUCUUAUCCCGAAAGUCAAGAUUGAAACAUUUACUUCCUUCUCAUCAACUUUUUACAUGAGCUGUUGGGAUAUCGUUGGAGAAGAUGUUCGGGAGGCAACGGUGGAUUUCUUUAGUGGUUCUAUGCUCCCUAAUUUUUACACAUCGACUUAUAUUGUUCUUAUCCCGAAAGUCAAGGUUCCAGGCGACUUUGGAGACUUUAGACCCAUUAGCUUAUGUUCAGAACAAGGGGCUUUCAUCGAGGGUCGGAGUAUUUUUCACAAUAUUGCUCUGGUACAAGAACUACUUUGGAGUUUUAACAGAAAGAUACGAGGCGGGAAUGCAAUGCUUAAAGUAGACAUGAUGAAGGCGUAUGACAGGGUUGAAUGGAAUUUCUUGAUGGCAAUCCUAAAUGCUUUUGGGUUCUCUACACAAUUUUGGAGAUCCCCUUUCUCCAUACUUGUUCAUUAUUGCCGAAGAGACUUUUACAUGCAUGUUACGACAGGUUGUUUGGAUCAAUGCAUUGGAAAUUAUUCUCUUCUUGUUGGAGCACCUCCUAUAUCUCACUUGCUAUAUGCUGAUGAUCUAAUUAUUUUUUGUAAUGGAAGCAAAUCGUCUAUUAAAGCAAUGGUGGAGGUUCUGGCACAUACCCUUAUCAAGAAAGAAUGUGCUACUCCAGUUGAGUAUCUUGACACAAGGGUCUUUUCCAAUUACCAUUUGGGUGCUCCAAUAUCUCCAGGCCGUUUGUGUAUCAGACAUUUUGAGUCGCUGAUUAUGAAGGGAGAGGUAGACAGUAAAGUUAAACGUCAUUGGGUGAAUUUUGGAAAUAUUACUCAACCUUUUUCAGAAGGAGGUUUAGAUAUCCGUGACUUAGUAGAAGUACAAAUGGCUCUAAAAACAAGAUUUGCUUGGAAAAUUUGUUUCUCAAAUUCUCUACUACAGAGUUCUAAAAGCAAAAAAAUUCGGUAUGGCAUAUCAAAUGGGGAGAAGUUAAUUUCUGGCAAGAUAAUUGGUCUGGUAGGGGAUCGUUAUCAAACCUGGGGGUGGAAUGAAGAUGUCUUGGCAGAUCUAAUUGGGAGUGAGUUAGCUAAAAUUGCAAUAGAACACGUUCCAAGGUUACGUAAAGGACUAGAUACAGCUGUUUGGAAACCAUCUCCAGAUGAUUUGUUUAGUACUGGUAGUACUUGGGAGCUUAUACAAGCUAAAUGGGAGUGUGUAGAUUGGGACAAAUGGGUUUGGGCUAUAGUGAAGUGGUGGAUUAGUGAAUUAUGUGUCGAUGUGGCUAAGGCGUCUAUACUAUCUUUGUCUAAUUUUAUUACCUUACAAACUUUGGGUAUUCAGAUUCGAAAACCGCUUAAUAAAGUCACUAAGUUUGUUCGUUGGAUGCCUCAUCUCCCUACUUGGAUUAAGUUAAAUAUUGAUGGAUGUUGUAUAGGAAAUCAUGGUAAUUGUGGUGGAGGUGGGGUGAUCAGAGCUAAUAAAGGGGAAUUUAUUUAUGCUUUUCAUACCUUCUAUGGUCAUGGUACUAACACAUGGAUGGAGCUAAAAGCAGUUUUGGAUGCCAUUCACAUAUGUGAUGAACUAAACUUCCCAAAGAUUAUUAUUGAAAGUGAUUCUUAG